CACACACAGCCAUGAGUUUUAGUGUCACCCUCUCUGUCUGCAGUAGCACCAGAAACAGCAGCCAGCAGCAAUCUGUACAUUUCGCACAUCCAAACACCAGCAGAACCACAGGCACACCCACCCACCCACCCCUCCUUUCAUUCGAGCAUACCUAUGGCUGAAUGAGCCACUUAUAGUAGCCAGUUGGAAAACACCCACACACACGCACACACGUGUGCUGCCCUUCACCAGUGCGCCAGUGCGUGUUGUAUGGGGCGCACACAGAGGUCUCUCUGGUCUGUGUCAGGUCGGCAGCCAUUCCUCGCAGAAGAAGAGCAAGUAGUCUGUCUGUUCGACGCCCUUGGCAUUAGAAAACAGUUGCCCGCUCUCUCCCUCUCUGCGGGGUGUGUGUGGGGGGGGGAAGGGUGGAGAAGGCGGUUGACAAAACCGAAAGGAGAAUGAGAAUACGACGCCACAUGAAGAGCAAAAGCAAAAGCAAAAUCAGAUGCAGAACGGUCAAUAGGUAUCCACGAGUCUCUCUCUCUCCCUCUCCCUGGUUCGCUUAAACGCCAGCCAUCGACACGACGCCAUCGGGAAAACGACACACAGCCAGACGGACAGAAACGAGUCGACUCCACCCAUCCAUCCAUCCAUCCAAAACGGUUGCAUACACACACAGCCAGGCAGGCAGGCAGGCAGGCAGGAAAACAGGCAGGCACCGCACAUUCGCUUCGACUCGACAGACAGACAGACAGACGGACACAGGAAAACCAAAAUCACUCCAAACCAUGUGGCACCAAAAAAAAAAACCCAUGUAGCCAUUCAGUCGGCCAUCCAUCCAUCCAGAGAAGUAGGUCCGCAGAAAGGGGGCAGGGCAUGGCGGGGCGGGGCGUACGGACAAAGCGGGGAGGGGAGGGGAGGGGAGGGAGGGGGGCCGAUUCACGCCCUCCCUCCCUCCCUCCAGUAGUCUUUUUACAGACUUACUUACGACGUACGUGUGAAUAUUCUUCGCAGGCAGGCACGUGGACAGGCAGGCAGGCAGGCAGAAAGAAAGACAGUCAUAGGGCAGAAAGACAGUCAUAGGGCGCGGCGCAUACUCACACACACAAACACGCCACGCCCCUCUCUCUCUCUCUCCCCUGCACGACGUAAGCAGGUGUGUGUUGGUGGCACCGCCCUGAUGCAUCCCCCCACACCACACCACACCACACUACACCACACCACACACAUCCCUAUAAAAGGAAUGCGACCCCUCCCUCCCUCCCUCCCUCUCAGUCUCCUCUCCGCAGACCACACUCAGCCACGCAGAGAGAGAAAAAUCAACCCAAGCCCCCCCCCCACCCCCACUCACUCAUUGUAUCCCCAGCUCCUUCGACUUGCUGGUCUUGACGACAGGCUGCUGCUGUGGCUGCAUCUCGGGCGACGAGUCGCCAUCCUGCGUCGUCAUCGACGGCGAGUCCAGCUCGCCCCCUUGGCCUGGGCCUGGUGGGGUGGUGGAAGCCUUCUGUGCGGCGGCGCUGUGUGCCGCGUGUGACGGCGUGGGCACGCAGCUUAUCGUGGCGAGCCCGGGGUACCACAUCUCCACGAGCUCACAGAGGGUGGCAAAGGCGGCCUCGAGGUCGUCGUUGACGAGGUUGUAGUCGAAGCCGACCUUGUCGGCCUCCUCGAUCUCCUUGAUAGCGUUGGUGAGGCGCUUCUUGACUUUGUCCUCACUCUCGGUGCCGCGGCCGCGCAAGCGCGUCUCGAGCACCGAGAGGGAGGGGGGCCGGAUGAAGACAUAGUGGGCCUGGCUGGCCAAGGCGCUAUUCUUCACCUGCAAGACUCACACACAGACACACAGGGAGAAAUGGGCGUGUGUGAGAGAGUGGGAAAGGGCAACGGCCGGACCUGCUUGACGCCCUGGACGUCGAUCUCGACGAUGCAGACCUUGCCCUUGCACCUGACGCGCUCGACGGCCUCGAUGGAGGUGCCGUAGACGUUGCCGUGCACUUCGGCGUGCUCCAGGAACCGGCCCUCCUUGACGGCCUUCAAAAUCCUCUCCUUGGUCUCAAACAGAUAAUGCACACCAUGCUCCUCACCUGCACACACACAAGCGCCGUGCCCAACACCUCCUUCCACCUGUCAAUCUGUCUGUCUGUGUGCGCGUGUGUGUGGUGGUGUGUUGCGCAUGCUCACCAGUCCUGGGCGGCCUGCUGGUGUGGCUGACCGAGAAGCCGAAGGCCUUGGGGUACUUCUCCCUCAGCUUGGCCACCAACGUCCCCUUGCCCACCCCAGACGGCCCCGCCACCACCAGCAGCGGCUGCUGCUGCUCCAGAUGCAUCCCCUUGGCCCCACCCGCAACCUCCCCCCCAUAGCCGCCUCCGUACGACGCCCUCGUCGACGCCAGGCUGAGCGUCGACUGGUGCGGCGAAGAGGGUUUGCCAAACUCGCUGUCAGGCUCGCCGCCGCCGCCGCCGCCGCCAUGAUGGGCACGCUUGACCCCGACCGAGAUUGAGGGUUCGAGCAGUCGGAGGCCCUGCUGCACAGCGGGAUUGUAGAGAGCGUGGUGGUGGAAAGAGGCUUUGACGGGGUAGGCACUGGGGUUGCGGGGCGGGGGGAGGAAGGACGAACCGGACAGAGCGCCCGACAUCGACAGGUUCGACGCGGAACGGGCCGCAGCUGCCGAUACUGAUGCCGCCGACGCCGCCUGGCUCUCCAUCAGCACGAUCCCGCCAAGAGCAACAGCCCUGCCGGUCGCCAACAAGACCGCUGCUGCUGAGAGCACCGUCCGCACCCCACUGCUGCCGGUUAUUCUGCCGACAGACCGACAGACGGGGUGAAAACGACCAAGGUCAAACGCUAUGCUGACAACCUCAUGUCAGCCUCACACACCCCUGCUCCCGCGCCGAGGUGUUUUCUCCUCUUCUG